CGUUCUAAUUCCCCGGUCUUCAAACGUACGUCCUGCAUGCAUGCAGUUUGGUCCGCAACUGCAUGCAAACAAACGUCCGGGCCUCUGUUUUGAGUCGUUUGACCUUGUUUGUCCCACAUGAUCCAAAGGCGCUGUGCUGGCCUUCUUCGGAUAACACCGUCGUGCCCCCAUCCCCCGGCAACGCAGAUUGAUCGAUCAUGUACUGUUAUAUCGUCCAUUUUAUAAUUAAAUAAUGUCAUUUUAUUAAAAGUAUUAAAAUAUUUUUGUUUAAACUUUGAUUUUACAUAAUUAUCGUUCAUUUAAUUUAUAAAAAGCUGUUAAAAAAAAAACAAAAAAAAAAAAGUUAUACUUCUAUUCUUACUUAAAACCUCAAACUUCUGUUGGGCGAACCGCCCAACAGAAAUCUCCCGUACGUCUCGAAGGUAUGCAAUUUAAUUCAGUUUUAUUAAUGUCUAGUUUUUCACUUUGUUCUUCCUAAUAUAUAUAUAUAUAUACAUACAUGCAUACGCCCGUAUUCAAGAAUCCAUAGCAUCUUCCUUUUUUCUUUUUCUUUUUUUUUGGUUCUUGUUCUUCUUGUACUUGUAGCGAGAAAUAUUACGUACUGUGAAAGAGAGAUUCAUAGAAUGAGAAGCACGUCAAGAGGGCACCAGAUAUUCUUCCAAGAGGGAAGCAAACGUGGGCGCAAAUUUGACAAGCUAAAGAACUCGGAUUUGGAUGAUCAUCAUAAGGAGGAGGCUGGUGAUCGCUGCAUCAAUAUUACUCGUCGGCUCAGUAGCAAUGCUUCGGUGUCGGAUUCGGAGAUUAAUCCAGCAGCGCCUAAGUGUGACGUGAGCAAUUCUCUAAUGGUGUUGGAAGACCGUUGUCCUUUCGAGCCUUCGACGUCGAAUUCUCCUUUCUCCAAGUCGCCAUGGUCAUGCCACAUGAGUCCUCGACCUCAUGAUCCUUCGUCGAGCGAUGCCUCCGGAAACGCACUCGUCGGCAUGCUGGUUCGCAAAGAAGGCCCUAUCUACUCGAUGGCAGCCACGGGGGACUUGCUGUAUACUGGGUCCGACAGCAAGAACAUUCGGGUUUGGAAGAAUCAGCAAGAGUUUUCUGCGUUCAAAGCGGACAGCGGCUUGGUUAAAGCAAUAGCCAUUGCCGGGCGGAGAGUCUUUACAGGUCAUAAAGACGGAGGGAUUCGAGUUUGGAAGGUGUCAAAGAAAAAUGAAAGCGUUUACAAGCGUGUAGGGACGCUACCCACCAUGGGAGAUUACAUCAAAAGCUCGAUGAAACCCAAGAAAUAUGCAGAAGUGAGGCAUCAUCAUAGCGGGAUGUGGAUCAAGCACUACGAUGCCGUCUCGUGCCUUAGCUUGAGCGAAGAUAGAUCUUUGCUUUAUUCAGCUUCCUGGGAUAAAACCUUUAAAGUCUGGCGAAUCUCAGACUCCAAGUGCUUGGAAUCUAUCACUGCUCAUGACGAUGAUGUGAAUUCCUUGGUUGCGGGUUUUGACGGCUUGGUAUUUACUGGCUCUGCUGAUGGUACUAUCAAGGUUUGGCGGAGAGAAAGGCAAGGCAAGGGAACGAAGCAUUUCUUUUCUCAAACAUUGUUGAAGCAAGAGUGUGCGGUGACAGCAUUGGCCAUUAACCCUAAAUCCACCAUUGUUUACAGUGGAUCAUCGGACGGGCUUGUUAACUACUGGGAGCGCGAAAGCUCUCUGUCUCACGGGGGCGUUUUGAAAAGCCAUAGAUUGGCAGUGUUAUGCUUAGCCACGGCUGGGGAGCUAGUGUUUAGCGGAUCUGCGGACAUGGUAAUAUGCGUGUGGAAGAGAACGUCGGCGGGAGAGCACACUUGCUUGUCGGUGUUGACGGGCCACACCGGGCCGAUCAAGUGCUUGGACGUGGAAAAGGAUAAGGAAUCCAAGUCAUCGGACGAGCAGCGGUGGAUUCUUUACAGUGGCAGUUUGGACGAAUCCGUGAGGGUGUGGAAGCUUUCGGAGCAAGCGCCAAACAACAUAGUAAAGUUCAAUCAACAGCACAACAGUACUACUACUACUACCGGCGCGGCGAUUUUGAGAUCAGCUUUAAGCUUCUCCACUCGUGGACGAUCGAGCUCAGUAAAACGUUAGACGGACGAGGAUUUUGUCUGUACGUACGUAUGUCAUUUGGAUCGAUGUCCCAUGCAUGCAUAUAUGCAGUCGUCGCAUUAUAAAUUCACUACAAAAAAAAAUAGUAUUUUACGGCCAAUUUAUAGUAACGAAAAGAUUAUUAGCAACCAAAUUUAAUUGCUAAUAAUUUUUUCGUUAUUAUAAAUUAGUCGCAAAAGGUCAUUUUUCUUGUAGUGA